AUGGACCUGAUGGUGCUGAAAGAGGAGAGUCAAGAACAGAAUGAAAUGGAAGAGAAAAAACAGUAUGAGAAACAUCAUGGUUUCAUGACUGGAGAAAAAUCCACAAAGACUGACAAUACUUUCUCACAAAAAAGAGGCCAUAAGACCAAAUCCAAGAGUUAUUUCACCUGCCAUCAGUGUGGAAAGAGUUUCAAUCAGAAACAAAACCUUGAUGUCCACAUGAGAGUUCACACUGGAGAGAAGCCGUUCACCUGCCAAGAGUGUGGAAAGAGCUUCACUGUAGAACUAACCCUUAAGUAUCACAUGAGAGUUCACACUGGAGAAAACUCUUUCACCUGCCAAGAAUGUGGAAAAAGUUUCACUCAAAAACUAAGCCUUAAAUUCCACAAGAGAAUUCACACGGGAGAGAAGCCUUACAUCUGUCAACAGUGUGGAAGGAGUUUUACACAGAAAAACAUCCUUAAUUACCACAUGCGCAGUCACACUGGAGAGAAGCUGUUCUCGUGUGAUCAGUGUGGAAAGAGCUUCACAACAGAAGUAAACCUUAGGUAUCACUUGAACAUCCACGCUGGAGAGAAGCCGUUCAAAUGUGAUGAGUGUGGAAAGAGGUUCACACGUAAAAUAAGCCUUAAUAACCGCAUGAGGAAUCACUCAGAAGAGAAAUGCUUUAUAUGUCAUCAGUGUGGAAAGAGUUUCAGUCAUAAAAGUAGCCACAACACUCACAUGAGACUUCACACUGGAGAGAAGCCGUACACCUGCAAACUGUGUGGGAUGAGCUUCUCACAAAUAGGAAAUCUUAAGAUUCGCAUGAGAAUUUGCGCAGAAGAGAAGCCAUUCAUAUGUGUGGAAAAUGAUGAACACAUAGGGAGGGUUUUAUGUCAUCAGUAG